AGAGAGAGAGAGAGAGAGAGAGAGAGAGAGUGAAAAAGAAGAGAAAAGAAGAAAAGAAAAAAGAAGAGAAGGGUAGCUCUCUCUUUUCAAAGAUCUCAGGAAGAGUGCGAGGUUACUUUUGAAGAGGGAAGGAGCUGAAAGAGACGCAUUAUUUUUCUCGUACGUACAACUAAGAAAGAUAGAGAACGUAAAGGGGGAAAUAUAAGAUAGGCAGAGGAAAAGAAAGAGAGAGAGAGAGAGAGAGAGAGAGAGAGAUAGAUAGACUCAUCAAAACAUCACUGCCUUUUCUCGUACGGCGAGAGACGAAAAGAAGAAGAAGAAGUAAGAGGGAAAGGACAAAAGGUGGACUCGCUUAGUUGUAGAAAGGUAAAAAGGAAGGAAGGAAGAAAGAAAGAAAGAAAGAAAGAAAGAAAGAAAGAAAGAGCGUAGAGGUCACGUAAGUAAGUAAGAAAGAAAGGAGAGGACUCGUCACGGUGGCCAGCUUAGUGAGCGGUAACGUAGCGGUGCGUUACGAUGAGGCGUCGGGGGUGGUCGGUGCGGGGGGUGUCGUCCUGGCAGCGACGUCCAGGCUAGCCACGGCCGAUCCACCGACAUCCACCAUGGACACCAGCGAUUCGAGCAUGGAGACGAGCAAUGGCACCGGAACCGGGACCGGUACCGGCACCGGCACCGGUCCCAGCACGGCCGUCGGUGCUGCUGUCCCAGGAACCGUUCCUGGGGUCAGUACGAUCGUUGCUAGUGCGGCGUCCUUGACUCUUGUCAAGGCCGAAGUGCCCGAACACCUGGCCGGUACAUCGGCGACGCCAUCGGCGGUAACUGGACCGGUUGGUACCGGAAGCGGUCUAUUUGCUGGGAUCGCAAGCAGCAACAAGACAUCCAGGCCCGACGAUUGGCUCGCUACCGGGAGUCCUGGAUCACCUCAGGCCACCCUACAAAGUCAACACGUCGUAUAUACGACUCCUCAACAACAAUUGCCCGAUCCCCAACCACCAUUAGCUCAUUCGAGCCCUCUUGCCCAUCAACAGCAACAACCGCCCGCGAGCAACAACGGUUACGCGAGCCCGAUGAGCACCAGCAGCUACGAUCCUUAUAGUCCCAACAGUAAGAUAGAUACAUUUCACUAUGCGUGAGAAUUCUUCAAGGAAGGAAGGAAGAAACUAGUAUGGUUUGAUCUCUCCAAGUAGUUGCAUGGUUUUCACGACGAUAGAACAAAACAUGACAAAACCAGAACAAAAUCUUUCAUAAUCUACUUUGAUCGUUAGAUCUCAUAUAGGAUCGAAUGAUUUAACAAUGUCUACCAAUGAGAUAUAACGACGUAUG